CGAAACAUUCAUAAAUACUAAAAUUAUACUCUAUACUCAUUUUCAGAAGAUCUCUAAUGCCAAUACGUAAAGAAGGAAAAGUCCAUACUUGAAAAUAAAAUGGAUUCAAGCAAGUUUUAUUGUAUAAAUGAAUCGCAGCCUAGUACGCUUGCGGGGUGUAAUACUUCCAAGGAAUACGGAAGGUGUGGAAGUGACAAUAUAUCUAACGGAAACGUUUGUAAAGAGCCUUCAACGCCCAGAAAUUCUUCUGGUAAAGCUACUUCCAGCAAUAAGGGAGCUAAUGGUACAUUGAAUAAUGAAAAUGAAUCUGGAAAUUAUAUUAAUUUUAUGCAAAUGCCUUUGGAUGCUUUGCAAUAUCAUCGACGAAAAGUAAACACACAAGAUUACAAUCAGUCUCGUAUGUAUUACAAUUCACCGGAAUAUAAAUUACAAGAUGAUAUUUAUGCUGACAGUGGCAGCGAACGAUUGUGUUCUGGAUCAAGUUCAACUACAUUUCAAAUGGAGGGUCAGCAUUAUGCGAAUACCAUGGGUAAUCACAUGCCACAACAACACCAAUCAUCGAAUCAUAUUCAUUCGCAUUCAGCUCAAAACUCUUUAGUACAAAUGCAGCUACAACAUAAACCAACCAACAACUCGAACCCUGCUCUUGACUGUAAUGAAGAAACUAUUGAAUUCUGUCAUAGAACUGAUAGUAAGGAGCAACAGACGCAGGAGUCCAGUCUACCCCAAUUUAAUGGAAAUCAGAAUAACAAUAUUUGCGAACCUGUCAUGUCGUUAACUUCGCCUACAACAAUCGAUUCUUGUGCAGGAUCCUCGACUAGCCCUGGAGCUUCUACACACAUGAUGUAUACAGUCCAUCGUGUGGUUACGACAGCACAAAUUCAAACUGCCAUUGGAAACACGUAUGCUUCAUCUUCCAGUAUUUCAAGCGUCGUAAGUGGUCUAAGAAAUGAAGAUGAGAAUAUGGCUUCUCCUGUGAAUGCAAAUAUUACCCCGUUAAAUGAAAAUAGCGGUUUGAAUGACAUUAAUGCUGCCAUAAUAUUAAAUAAUGGAAUGAACAAGAAUGAGGAAAAUUCGGGUAACGCCAAUGGUGGUGUUAAAAAUGGAUCAAGAGUUGCUGAUUCAAGGCACACGCAAGCUUCAGGUGCUGCAACGAAUUUCAAUCCUUCUUCACACGCCGGACAGAAAUACAACUACAUGGAUAACAACAAUUCCGGGUCUCAAAGUGCUGCAAGUAAUAACUCAAAUAAUAUGAAUGUAAAUGGAUCAAAACCGUCAACGCUAACAUCAAGACCAUUGCAAAAUGUAAUACCAACAUGUGUCUAUUUGAUGUCCCGUAUUGCUGUUCAUAUGGAAAUUGAGGGGACCGCUCAAUGUCCUACACAAGUUAUGCUGGCUGCUGCGCUGGGGUGUGAAGAGUUGGGUAUUGCAAAUAAAUUGUUAGCCCAAAGUAUUUUCGCAUUAUGGAUGACCAGUGAACUCUUGGAUAUUCAAUUGAAAUCACAUCAUCGCCCUUAUGCCGUAAGGUUAGCAUGGCAAGCUCUACUAGAUAGAUUAAGUACAGGGAAUUCAAUUGAUAAGAAAUUCGAUGAGCCAAUGAUAAUGCUUAAGCGAAAUGUAUUUUUUUCCAAACGCGAUGAAGAGAAAAUUAAGGAUCAUCGAAUCGUGGAGUUGUUAUAUGAAGAAGCCAAAUACAACGUACUAUCUGGUCGAUACGUUAUGGAACCCGUUCAUGCUUUAAUGCUUGGAGGCAUACAAGCUAGAAUCGAAUUGGGGCCUUACAAUCCACAUGCGCACACUGUGGGUUUUCUGAGGGAAAAUCAAUUAAGAUUUUUACCGCAACAUGUGGCAAAAAGUACAAGUUGGUCUUGGUUACCAGUCAGCCGUAAAAAUUCAGCCGAAGUCAAGUUGUUAGAACAAUUCAAACGUGUUCCUCAAACUGCGACUACAAAAAAGCUUAUGCGAAAGUAUUUGGAAUUUUGUUGGGCACUUCCGUUUUAUGGAGCUGCAUUUUUUCAAGGUCAAGUGGAACAACCGAUUCGUGGGCUAAUGAGUUUGGUUAGUCAUAAGGAUGUAGAGGUCAAUAUAGCAGUCAAUGAACGCGGUAUUUUCAUUAUAGAUCCCAUAGAAUGUACUUUACUACUCGGAUUAAGAUACGAGGAUUUAUCAUGGGACUAUGCUAGGCCUAGCGUGAGCAACGACCCUGAAUGUCAGACUUGUAUAUUUAUUCAAUUUGACGCUAUGGAAAAUGGAAUACAGGUUUCAAAAUUGAUGCAGAUUUUUUCCAAACAAGCCGGUAUGAUCGAUGCGCUUAUAGCUCAUUUUGCUGAAAACAUUAUGAAACAGAAAAUGAACGGAAAUAUAGAGGAUCAAUAUCACGAAGAGCCGUAUCCCAUUCAAAACAGCGGAAACGGAGUGUUGUGUAACAAAUUUUACCGAUUGACGUUAGCGACAUUUGAUGAAGAAGAUCGCUGCAUUGGGCAAACUGGUUCUUUAUCCAUUAGUUAUUAAUUAAAAAUAAUUUUUAGAUAAAUUUAAAAUAUAAUAUCUAGUUGUAAAAAGAAAAUAAUUAUUUAAAAAAACAAAAAGAACCUUGCAUUUGCCUGAUAUGUGCAAGUGAGUAACCUAAUACCCUGCAAGACCAGCAGGUUAGCAUAUUAAAUAUGUGAGCAUAGGUUACGUAGCUUUAGUAAAGCAAUAAGUGUAAGUUCAGUUUUAAGCUCAAUCUCAAAGCUGAUAGAAUAAACGCUAUAAAUAAAUUGUAUAAGUAAAUAAAAAAACAAAACGUAUAAUC